CCUGGUGCUACAUAAAUAAAGCAGAAAGAAGGAGAGAGGGAACAGUGUAGGUGACUUGGUCGGGUUAGUUUGUUAGUUAGUAAUCUGAGAGUCACCAGUACUCCAGUGUUGGCUUGUUUUUUUUUAACCCAGAGAUGUGAUUGAACCAGAAAGUCCAUCUUGUUUUUUCCCCCCUUUCCCUCCUCAAAAUGAACCAGGAAGCUUAUUUUUAAAAGCAGAAGGUCUCUCAGUGUAGGUGCUGUGAUUUUUUUAAGGCAAGUCUGGAAGUGAAACCUCGGGCAGGAAUUUGCACUCUAAUGCGGAGGCCCUGAUCAGCCCCAUGCUCAAGUGCAUCCCUCUCUGGCGGUGUAACCGCCACGUGGAGUCGGUGGAUAAGCGGCACUGCUCCCUGCACGCCGUGCCCGAUGAGAUCUACCGCUACACCCGCAGCCUGGAGGAGCUCCUGCUGGACGCCAACCAGCUCCGAGAACUGCCCAAGCCCUUCUUCAGACUCCUGAACCUGCGAAAGCUGGGCCUGAGUGACAAUGAGAUCCAGAGACUUCCUCCUGAGGUGGCCAACUUCAUGCAGCUGGUAGAGCUGGACAUCUCUCGAAAUGACAUUCCUGAGAUCCCCGAGACCAUUAAGUUCUGUAAGGCGCUGGAGAUUGCAGACUUCAGUGGAAACCCCCUCUCCAGAUUACCUGAUGGCUUUACACAGCUUAGAGCACUAGCCCACCUUGCACUCAAUGAUGUGUCACUACAAUCACUACCGAACGACAUUGGAAACUUGGCUAACCUGGUAACCCUGGAGCUGAGGGAGAACCUACUGAAGUCUUUACCCACCUCACUGUCCUUCCUGGUUAAACUGGAACAGCUUGAUUUGGGCAGCAAUCAACUGGAAGUAUUGCCGGACGCACUAGGGGCACUGCCCAACCUCCGAGAGCUGUGGUUGGACAGGAACCAACUUUCUUCACUCCCAUCAGACCUGGGAGGUUUGCGACGUUUGGUGUGUCUGGAUGUUUCGGAGAACCGGCUCACAGAGUUGCCCUCCGAGAUCAGCGGCCUCAUCGCCCUCACUGACCUGCUGCUUUCGCAAAACCAUCUAGAGGCCAUGCCUGACAGCAUCGGCUCUUUAAAGCAACUGUCAAUCUUCAAAGUGGACCAGAACCGCAUGGUGCGUCUAACAGAUUCGAUAGGCGAAUGUGAGAACCUCACAGAACUGAUGCUGACCGAGAAUCUGCUACAGUCUCUUCCUAGUUCUCUGGGAAAGCUAAAGAAGCUGACCAACCUGAACGUGGACCGUAACCGCUUGAGCAGCGUCCCAUCUGAAUUAGGUGGUUGUGCCAGUCUCAGCGUGCUCUCACUUAGAGACAACCGUGUAGGCAAGCUGCCUGCUGAGCUCGCAAACGCUACUGAGCUACACGUUUUAGAUGUGGCAGGCAACAGGUUGCAGAACCUGCCCUUCUCGCUAGCCAAUCUGAACCUCAAGGCCAUGUGGCUGGCAGAGAACCAGUCGCAACCCAUGCUCAAGUUUCAGACCGAGGAUGACGAGCGGACAGGAGAGAAGGUCCUCACCUGCUACCUGCUGCCCCAGCAGCCUUCAUCCAGCUUAGAGAACCUGCUGCAAAGCAGUGUAGACGAAAGCUGGCCCACAGACACUAAUCUGAACAGAGUGUCCGUCAUCCAGUUCCAAGACCAAACCAAGCCCGAUGAGGAAGAUGACGAGACCGCGGCAGAGAGACGGCAGGGCCUGCAGCGGCGAGCCACCCCUCAUCCUAGUGAGCUGAAGGUGAUGAAGAAUGUAAUCGAAGCCAGAAGAAAUGAGGCUUACACGGCUAAGCCUGAUGAAGACCUGGACUCCCCGGGCACUGAGGAGAAACGUAUGAGUGGAUUGUCCAAUCAGAGCCAUGACUCCCAGGUCUCUAACAGCACUGCCUCGGCUAACUCUCAUGAAGAGGCGCGGAAAGUAAACGGCAUUGAGGCAGAGCAUGUUGGAAGGCAUGAGCACGAACAGGAAGAUGAGGACGAUGAAGCAGAAUACACUGAGCCCACUGUGCACUUUGCUGAGGAGCCCAUUAUCCGCGGCGGUGAUGAAGACGACGACGAUGAAAACGAUGAUGACGAGGAUGGUGAGCGUAGCGACGACGAGGCCCGCUCGGCUCCUUUCCCUGCUGAGAAACAGCGCCUCAUCCGCAAAGACACGCCACACUACAAGAAGCACUUCAAGAUCACCAAACUGCCCAAACCCGAGGCCGUAGCCGCGUUACUAGAGGGCUUCAGCUCUGACGCCCAAACAUCAGCCUCACGAAUACCCACCGAUGAGAAAGAUGGAGGGGGGGACGAAGAAGAAGACGACGAUGAGGAAGAGGAGGGAACAUCAGUAAACACUCCUCUGUUACGGAGACUGGAAGCUGCAGAGCAAGAGGACAGCAGGCUGAGUCAGGUGAACAGCUCGCUGCAGCCAGUGAAGGGGGUGUCAUUUGAUCAAGUCAAUAAUCUGCUGAUUGAGCCUGCUCGAAUUGAGGAGGAAGAGCUGGUCCUGAGCAUCCUGAGACAAACUGGUGGAUUAGGCAUCAGUAUAGCUGGGGGUAAAGGAUCCACUCCUUACAAGGGAGAUGAUGAGGGUAUCUUUAUUUCCCGAGUGUCAGAAGAGGGACCAGCUGCACGAGCUGGGGUCAAAGUGGGAGACAAAUUACUUGAGGUAAACGAUGUAGAUCUUCAGGGGGCAGAGCACCACACGGCGGUGGAGGCCUUGCGGAGUUCAGGAGCGGCGGUGACCAUGAUUGUACUGCGUGAGCGGAUGGUAGAGCCUGAGAACCCUAUCACCACUACACCCCUGAGACCAGAGGAUGAUUACUUCCCCCGGGAGAGGAGGUCCACCGGCCUUCCAUUCAACCUGGAGCCUGGAUCCACCGCUAUUAACACGGGCCCCUGCCAACGUCUGGCCACCUGCUUAAUCCGGAACGACAAGGGUUUAGGCUUCAGCAUUGCGGGGGGAAAAGGCUCCACACCAUAUCGCACAGGAGACGUGGGAAUCUUCAUCUCUCGCAUUGCUGAAGGAGGUGCAGCACAUAGAGACAACAUCCUUCACGUGGGAGACAGAGUCAUAUCAAUCAAUGGUGUAGACAUGACAGAAGCCAGACAUGACCAAGCAGUAGCGCUGCUUACCGGCACUUCCCCCACCAUCUCACUGCUAGUGGAGCGGGAACAAGCGAGCACGGGCGGCUCCCCGGGCCGAGCGCGCUCCCACUCGCCACCACCUCCGGAGCCCUCAGACUCACCAGAGCAAGACGAGACCGGAGAUGAACGCCUGGGAAACCAUCUUAGCUGUCCUAUGGAGGACGAGUACCCCAUAGAGGAAGUGAUGCUGGUUAAAACAGGUGGUCCUCUGGGUCUAAGCAUCGUGGGGGGCAGUGACCAUGCGAGCCACCCAUUCGGCAUCAGUGAACCUGGAGUUUUUAUUUCAAAGGUGAUCCCUCAUGGCUUGGCUUGUCAGAGCGGUUUACGUGUAGGUGACCGUAUCCUGGAGGUAAACUCCAUCGACCUGCGACACGCCACCCACCAGGAGGCCGUCAAAGCCCUGCUCUCCAACAACAAAGAGAUCCGCAUGCUAGUGCGCAGAGACCCCUCGCCCCCUGGCAUGCAGGACAUUAUGAUUUGCAAGCAGCCUGGAGAGAAGCUGGGCAUCAGCAUCCGAGGAGGAGCCAGAGGACACGCGGGCAACCCCUUCGAUCCAACAGAUGAAGGCAUCUUCAUCUCCAAGGUGAGCUCUUGCGGUGCCGCAGCACGAGAUGGCCGUCUGAAAGUGGGUAUGAGAAUCCUGGAGGUGGGCAAUCACAGUCUCCUUGGUAUGACUCAUACGGAGGCAGUCAGAGUCUUGCGUGGCACUGGAGAUACCCUGGUUAUGCUGGUGUGUGAUGGCUUCGACCCCAGAAACGUCGCAGGCAUGGAGGCAUCUCCAGGUAUCAUCGCAAACCCGUUCGCUGCUGGAAUCGUUCGGAAGAACAGCAUGGAGAGCAUCUCCUCUAUAGACCGAGACCUGAGCCCAGAGGAAAUGGAAAUCAUGCAGAAGGAGGUUGAGAUGGUGAGAGAGACGUCUCAGUGGGAGCGGGAGGAGAUGGAGAAAGUGGAGCGUAUGCGCUUGGAACGUGAAGCGGCUACUCGUCUGCUCGAGGAAGAGACUGAGAGCAUGAGCACUGGACCUCUGAAACUUGACUACAAAACACUGGCAGCUCUUCCCACAACCAGCCUCCAGAGAGUCAAUCGGCUAACUUCUUCCUUUACUGAAUCUCAUCCCAUGGAGACUGCUCUUCAGGCCAGGCCAUCUGGCUCUAUAGAAGCCCUGUGCUUUGAGACAGCUCACGCAACCCUGUACCAUGUAGAUACCCCUGACUCAUCCUCACUGUACCCAAUUGCGACCUCAGAAGCACCCAGACAAUCUGCAGCUAUGCCGCAGGACCCCAGUCCAGCACCCACAGUCCCACAGGAAACACAGGAAGAGGAGUGUCUUGUGGACUCUCAGCCUAUUUGUUUCAAAGAAAAUCCCUUCCUGGUAGCUAAUCGUAAGAACAAGGGCCGCCCCCUUGAGGAGCGCAUCCUUUCAGGGCUGCCCACAGGCUAUGGCAGGCAGGGGAACCUUCAGACCUGGUUGUAUAAUAAGAGUCCAUCAGCUGAUCCCCCAAGAAUUGAUAGUCCUGUCCGGGAGCCACUUUAUUCCCCAGGUUCUCAACUGCCAUCAUUUCGCCAGUCCUCACCCUCAACCCCUGUUGCACAAGGCAGGGAGACCCGAUUUGCAAACAUUCAUUCAUCUUCCAAUGUGACUCCCAAGGACAGUUCAGCUACCAAGCCUGGUGCCAUCCAGCCCAUCUCACGGGUACGGCCUCCUGCCUCUCCAGUCGGUCAGGAUGGACACAGUAGUCCCAACCCUUUCCAGCAUGGCCCUUCCCCCGUCAACUCCCAGACCACUCCUCGGGCCCCAUCCCCAGAUACUUUCAACGAAUUUCCCAUCAAUGUCAAGCAGGCAUAUAAGGCGUUUGCUGCUGUGCCCCACUCCAUGGCUGUGCUGGAGCCCUCACAGGAUCUCUAUGGUCAGAGGAACAACUUUCACCCAAAGCAAAAACUGUCAGAGCCAGAGGAGUGUAAUGAAGUGUUUAUAGAUGAGGGUGAAGGAGCGGGCCUCAGCCCUCGCCCCUCCCUCUUAUCUGAUCGCCGUGAGUACAGGAACAUGGCAGCUGUGCCACGUCUGUCCCGCCCCUCCCUGGAGUCACAGCCCCCCACAUCUGUCGGGAGAGGUACCCCGGAGCAGCGGUCUUUCAGAGACAGACAGAAGUACUUUGAGAUCGAUGUGAAGCAGCAGAUACCAGACAACAAACCCAAACCUCGCGUUUCUCUUGUAGGAGAGGACGACCUGAAAAAAAUGAAGGAAGAAGAAGCCAAGAGAAUUGAGCAGCGAGCACGGGAGUAUCUGCUGGAUGAGGAUGAGGAUGAUGAUGAGGAAGAUUUGCCGAAGCAGUUGGCACAGGUGAAGGCCCAGGGCAAGGUUAUUCUGGAUGGCGUAGAGUACAAGGUUGAGUCUCUGAGCGGCCACUCUCCUACUCCUCCCAGGCAAUGCUCAACACCUCCAAACUACAGUGCCACGCCUCCCAGCUACUGUGGCAGCUCAGGGACUUCCUCUGUAGAUGGUAGGGGUGAUUCCCAGCGCAACUCAAUGGAAGAUAGCUUCAGACUGGAGCAGAGACCCAACUCCAUGACUGGUCUGAUCCCUGUGUACCCCGGCGAGUCCGCAGCUCCCAUCCGUACUGCCAAGGCUGAGCGCCGGCACCAGGACAGGAUUCGUAUGCAGAGCCCGGAGCUCAGUGUGGCCUCAGAUAAGGAACUUUCCCCUGCGGAGAAACGGGCCCUAGAGGCAGAGAAGAGAGCCAUGUGGAGGGCAGCCAGGCCUUAUGGUCUAGAGGAAGACGUUAGACUGUAUGAGCAAGACCUGGCCAAGAGGCUGUACCAGUCGCGUGUGAGGGCGUCGUUAGACAGUGCUCCAGCUCCUCCCUCCACCUGCUCAUCUUCCUCUGAGCCCAGGAUGAAGUCUUUAGAGCAGGAUGCUCUCAAGGCUCAGAUGGUCAUUGCUAAGUCCAAGGAUGGGAGAAAGCGAGGCACUCUGGAUCAGUUAGCUGAAUCGCCGUCUCCUGCUCCCACGCCUUCACCCACUCCUAUGGAAGAUUUCAGUCCUCGCGCUGUGACGUCACCAGGUCGACUGUCCCUGUCAGAAAAGAAGUUUGACUACCGACAAUUCGCUGCCAUUCCUUCUUCUAAACCCGUAUACGACAUUCAGUCUCCGGAUGCCACAGAUGUUCGAUUCAACAAUGAUGCCUCUACCAGCCCAGUGUCCUGUGUAGAAGCUGAGAUUCCUGUAGCUGCUGUGGCCGCCACGUCCGCUCUGGAGGAGAUGGCUCUGUACAGCAACAAGCGGAAACUCCGACAGGGCCGACGCAGUCUAGAGACAGCUGUCCCCACAUAAUUUCUAUUACUCGCGCGUGCACACACACACACAGACACACACACAGACUGUAAAGAUAGUGCACAUUAGCUAGUGAUACUACAAGGUAUAGACAAAACUAAAAUGUAGAUUCACAAAGAAAUGUGUGAAAGACUUUCAACCACUCUAGCUUCAGUCAGUUUUUUUUUUUUUUAGUUUUUUUUAAAGAAACACUACAGCUUCUUGUCUCUUGCACAACAGUCAUGCCUUUUUAGCUAACAUUUAGCACAGAUGUGGAAGGCUUCUCCUCUUCCUCUGUAGUGGACGGUUAAGGAGGGGCCAUCAUACCAUGCAAACUCAAACUCCACUCCUGUUUUUAUUUUUAUUUUAUUUUUUUGUCUUCUUUCCUACAGUUUGCUUUUAAUGAGCUAAAUUAUUUUUAGAUUAUGUUGAUUUGGGUGCUUUUUAAUACUUUAGUUUUAAACCUCUGAUAUUCAUUUGUUUAAAAAAAAAAAAAAAAACAACUGCUUGACUUUUUUUUUUUAAGGUAGAUGUGUUAAUGUUCACAUAUCCUAGGAGAUCAGCUGUUUUGAAAAGCAAGCGAUCAUUCUGAUAACUUCACUGCCCAUACAGGAAGGGGGGGGACAAAACAUUUUACACUUAAUUUAUUUCCGUAGUCGCCACUGAGGCUUUUAUUCGCUUUUUAAAUGAUGCAUUAUAGUUGGGAAUAUUCCACCAAUCAGUAUAUAUUUGCUGGUUUUUGGAUGUAUUGAUUUAUCAGUGCUCUAUAGCUCUACAUCAGCUUUAUCAUAACCAUAUCUAGUACCAAAAUCAGCCGCUGUUUUUUUUUUUUUUUUUUUUUUUUUUAUCCAAUAUUUUGGAUUCGGAUCAUUGUGGCCAAUUAACAUAUGGUCUUGUUGUUGGUCUUGUGUUCUGAGGGUUUAUCUGAGCGCAGCUUAACCUAAAAUAAACAUCUCUCUAGUCUUCCUGGGCCAGGACUAGAAAAUGAAAGAUAGAAAAUUACAGAAUGAUUCAAACUUUUUCUGUCCAAGUGCAUUGGUUACAAACCAGAAUAUCAUCCUCCUUUUUUUUUUCUUUUUUUUUUUUCGUCUGCUUCCUGGACCAUGUUGCUGUUUGCUGGAACAUUCCCAUUACCAUUAGUGUGUGAUAAAUGCUCACUUCAACAAACUCUCAGAACGUGAACUUUAAAGGAGCAGUCUGAAGAGAAGGUCCAGCUGUCCAUUUUAGAAAAUAUGGUACCAUUCUUUCUAUUUAUGUAACACUGGGGUUAGGGGAUGAACUAUAGCAUCCCGCUGUUACUUUUUUUUUUCUUUCUUUUUUUCCAUGUGAAUGAAUCAUGUUAAUAAACUUUGUCUCUGGAGUGGCUACUCCAAAUCUCCUUUCCAAUUAGUUUAAAAUCUAAAGCCACUGAAAUGCUUAGGCUUGUGUGAAUAAUGUAAAAAAAUAAAAUAAAAAAUGCUGUGAGAAGCAGAACUCCAAGAUAAAACUGAGCCAGUGUGUGCAGUGACAGUGGGAUCCAGACCCAGGAUAAACUGGUGUUCACUGCAUGUAUAUUGGCUUAAAGCAUUAUUUUGAUGUUUUUCUUUUUGUUGUUGUUGUUGUUUUUACUCAGUCCUGGGUCAGGAAAAGGACGUUUCUCAUCCCUGUCUAUAAAUCAUCAUUCUCAAACCAGCUGCCAUCAACACUGUGGUCACUCUCAUGCCAGACAACGUCUUUAUCUUUUACUAAUCAUAGUUUUUCAUCUUGCUAACUGAAAUUCAGUUUUGAAUGACAACACUUGGGAAAUGGAUAAUCGAUGAUUUAUUGUAUUUUUGUAAAGAAAGAAAUCACAUUUUCACGCUAUUAAUGAAUGGGAUUCACUACAUUUUUGCAGCCGGACCGUUGUUUUAAUCUCUCUUGUUCUUGAUUUCUUUGGGAUGGGGGGGUGGGGGGGCUUUUUUGCUACAUAGGUGAUGCAGGGGCUGAAUCUGAGGGUUAGAGCUCAUUCAGGUCUGUAACUAGUGAAUUUGUACAACCAAAGAAGUCUAUUUUGUGGUUCAGGAAUAAUAAAGUUUACUUUUCAUUUAA